UUCUCAACCUUUUUGUCUAAAUCAAAACAACAUUUAAACCAUUCCUUCCCCGAAACCUCGUAGAAACAGAGACACUCUCUUUUCAUGGGUGUUUUCUCCAAUCUCCGAGGACCCAGAAUCGGAGCUACCCACGACGACUUGCCCGUAGCAAAUGCCUCUUCCUCUUCCUCUUCCUCUUCCUCUUCUACUCCCUCUUUAUCUAUCAAACGAAAGCUAUCGAAUUUGUUACCAAUCUGCGUGGCUCUAGUAGUCAUCGCCGAGAUCUGCUUCCUUGGUCGCCUCGAUAAAGUCUCUUUAGUCAACACGUUGACCGAUUUCUUCACCCAGUCUCCGCCGGGUAGAUCCGACCAGAACAUCGACUUGAUGUCGGAGAGCUGCGAGGAGUGGCUGACGAGACAAGACUCAGUGACUUACUCUAGAGAUUUCAAUAAAGAUCCAAUCUUUAUCUACGGUGGUCAAAAGGACUUUCAAUCAUGUUCCAUAGAUUGUACAUUUGGAGAUAGCUCAGGUAGAGCACCAGACGCUGCGUUUGGAUUAGGUAACCAACCUGGAAGUCUUUCUAUUCUCCGUUCCAUGGAAUCAGCUCAGUACUAUCCUGAAAACGAUAUCUCACACGCACGACGGAGUGGUUACGAUAUUGUGAUGACCACUAGUCUUUCAUCAGAUGUUCCUGUUGGGUAUUUUUCAUGGGCUGAGUAUGAUAUAAUGGCUCCGGUCCAGCCCAAGACCGAGAAGGCUACCGCUGCUGCUUUUAUUUCUAACUGUGGUGCUCCGAAUUUUCGACUGAAAGCACUUGAAGCCCUGAUGAAGAGUAGGAUCAAGAUUGAUUCUUAUGGUGGUUGUCAUCGGAACCGUGAUGGAGAAGUUGACAAGGUUGAAGCUCUUAAGCGUUACAAGUUUAGUUUGGCUUUUGAGAAUACUAAUGAGGAGGAUUAUGUCACUGAGAAGUUCUUCCAGACUCUUGUUGCUGGAUCUGUCCCUGUGGUUGUUGGUGCUCCUAACAUAGAAGAAUUUGCGCCUGCUUCAGACUCAUUCCUUCACAUUAAGAGUAUGGAAGAUGUGGAGCCAGUUGCAAAGAGAAUGAAGUAUCUCACAGCUAACCCUGCUGCUUAUAAUCAGACACUCAGAUGGAAGUACGAGGGUCCUUCAGAUUCUUUCAAGGCACUUGUUGACAUGGCUGCUGUGCAUUCUUCUUGUCGUCUCUGCAUAUUCCUAGCCACAAGGAUCCAAGAGCAAGAAGAGAAAAGUCCUAGUUUCAAGAAACGACCUUGCAAGUGCACCAGGGGAGGAUCAGACACACUUUAUCAUGUUUUUGUUAGAGAAAGAGGCCGAUUUGAGAUGGAAUCAAUCUUUCUGAGGGGUAAACAUCUGACUCUGGAAGCUCUGGAAUCUGCAGUUGUGGCCAAGUUCAAGUCUUUAAAACAUGAGCCGGUGUGGAAGAAGGAAAGGCCUCCAAGCUUAAAAGGAGACAACGAGCUUAGAGUGCACAGGAUUUACCCGCUUGGCCUCACGCAGAGACAAGCUUUGUACAAGUUCAAAUUCGAGGGGAACUCGAGUCUAAGUACUCACAUUCAACACAACCCUUGUGCUAAAUUCGAGGUUGUCUUCGUGUAGUUUCAUUCCCAAACGCAUAACUGACUGAUACUGUUACGAAGUCUUAGGCAGUAAUGAAGACUGAAACCAUAAUCGGUUAUUUAAGCAAAGCUGAAAUUGCGUGUUGAAGAAGAAACAAAACGAAAUUUACGUGAAACGAAGUCGUUGGGAGUGAUAUCUAUCUUAUUAAAACAGAAAUAUUUUGUUGGACCUAGCUACUGUUUUGUAAGAUUUUAAAUUAAAUAUACUUUUUUACAAAGUUAUAUUCACAUGCAUUCAUUAAUAAGUCUUCCCUUAUAUUUUGAUUGGUUUAGGAAAUAAAUGGUCAAAACGUUACUAAAAGAUUUGAAAUAUAUUCAUGUGCAUAAGAUUAGUAACUUCAUCUUUUCAUUAUUGAAUUGCUGCAUAAUUGCAUACGUCUACUACAAUUUUAAAAGUUUCUUCGGGUUGUACACAAUGUAUAUAAUGUACAAAUAUUUGUGUAGAUUCUAUUUACCUGUAUUUUACAUAAUGUCUAAUUUUAUUAAAAUUGAAUUUAAUACAGAACCUUAAAAAUACAUAUAAAUUUUGAGAAGGUAUAUUUGUUAAUAUAAUAUAAAAUAUAAGAAAGUGCUCUGAUAUAAGUUUUCAAUUAUAUAGUAGUCAAUUAUAAAUAUUCAUCAGAAUUUUUUGUCAACCUAAAUGUUCAUUCUAUAAAAACCCAAAAGUUUAACAAAUGUUUGAUUACUUAUUUUAUCUUAGUUUAGAGAUAUUAAUAAAAUUGAAAAUUAUGUGUAUAUGCACGGGUCUGAGUAAUAAUAUUAACUAGACAUAUAUAAUAAUAUUAUAUAGAUUAAUUAGACACAUACGCAAGGUAUACAAAUCAAUGAAUCAACUAAUAUCUAAUAUUUUUUUAAUAGAAUCGAUUUAACGUUUGAAAUUUAUUUGAAUAGAUGCCAUAAUAAUAUUUUGUUAAAAAAAUCAUUUUUGAACAUCAGUUCAUAUCAUAAGUUCAUCUCGGUUAUCACCAUGGUUAGUAAAUUUUUUAUUUCAAAAUGAUCAAACACAAUUUUCAAUUUAGAGGUUCUUAUUUAAUCCGCGUUUACAAAAUAAUAAAAAUCCGCCCGGUCGGACGGGUCAUGAUCUAGUGUUGUUUUUAAAUCACCAAGCCCACAUCGGAAGAAACAAAAGUUUCCUUGCGGUAUAUAUAAGUUUAGCUCACACUAAGAGUACGUCGAGCUUAGUAACGUGGGCUUGUUAUCCCAGUGGAGACGAUGAGUUGGUGGGACUUUAGACCAGUUUCUUUGCACCGGACCUGUCUCUUUAACCGGUAGUGUUGUGAGGUUAUAUAUACUGAGCUCUUGCCCUCUUCCAAAUUGGGUGUGCCAGUGUCUUCUUCGCGCACGAUGUAAUUCAAUCAAGCUGGUUUCAUUGGACUAUCAUCUUUUUGAAA